GACCAGUUUUGACUCUUCCCGGUUGUUUUUCUUGGGUUAGCCUCAGUCUGUUUACCAGUGGUAAUUUUUUUGUCAGGCUGAGAUGUUUAAAAUUGAGUGGAAAACCUAGGUAGUUUGUAUUAAAAUAUUAAUGUGUGCAGCCCUGAUUGCUUAUUUGUUAAACUGUUGAACUUCAGAUUCAAGUACAGUCACUGGUGCAAUCUUGGGAACAAGUUGAGAAUUUAAUUCAUUUAGCAGGAGCUUUUCUUCACAGCAACAUACCUCUUACAAAAAGUACAAUUUGUGCACUCAGUAAUGUGGAGUAACACUAAUGUGCUUGUGACCCCAUGCCGAGGUGUAAGGGUACAGCAUGGAGGCCGGCCGCUACGAGGUCCUGGCUGCUGUGGGUGAGGGCGCCUCCGGACGCGUGUUCAAGGCACGCGAGACCGGCGGCUGCCAGCGCCUCGUGGCCCUCAAGAAGGUCAGGGUCCUCGAGCAGAUGGAGGAAGGCGUGCCUGCCUUCGUGAUCCGCGAGGUGGGACUGCUGCGCAAGUUGGAGGCCUUCGACCACCCCAACGUGGUCAAGUUAUUAGAUGUUUCAGUUGAAGUCGAAAAUCAGACCCCAGAGCUGACUUUAGUGUUUGAAUAUGUUGAUCAAGAUUUGUGUGCAUUUCUUGCCUCGGUAGCAGAGACUGGUCUCAGCAGGGGGAAAAUUAAGGACAUAAUGUUACAGCUGCUGCGAGGCCUAGACUUCCUUCACACCAACAUGCUGGUGCACCGAGACCUGAAGCCGCAAAAUGUGCUGGUCAGCAGCCACGGUGAGAUCAAGAUUGCGGAUUUUGGUCUGGCGCGGAUCUACAGCCACCACAUGGCUCUCACGCCCAUCGUGGUGACCCUGUGGUACAGAGCUCCGGAGGUCCUGCUACACUUCGGCUACAUGUCCUCCGUGGACAUGUGGAGCACUGGCUGCAUCUUCGCUGAGCUCUUCCUCCUCAGACCCUUGUUUUGCGGCUAUUCUGACAUACAGCAGCUCCAGAAAAUCAUAGAUGUGAUCGGCCUGCCUGCACAGGAGGACUGGCCUACCGAGAGCCCCAUCCCGUACCCUGCCAACUGGAAGAGUGGUAAUACCUUAAAUCAGCUGCUGCCGAACUUGCACCAGGAAGAGAGGGACCUGCUCUUGCAGUUUCUGGUCUUUAACCCAUCCAAGCGUGUCUCAGCCUUUGAGGCUUUGAGACACACCUUCCUGGCUGAGCAGUAG